CUAAUUCCAAGCACUAGCAGGAGUGAUGUUCUCGCUGUAACUGUCGAAAGCGCAAGCUUCUGUCGCCGGAGAAGAUUCGGAGCUGCGAGAAGCUCCUCCUCCCUCCGUCGCCGGAAUCGGAGCCUCUCUCGCCUCCGCCGCCUGCAUCGGUCUGUUUACUGUAAUGGCGCGAUCAAGGCUUCGGAGUUCAUCUGUGGCUUAUAAAGGCUGUCGCUAGUUGUUGCGGCUCGUGAUAAGGGUUGAAUUUUGGGGAUUCGGUGGUGAUUUUCUAUUAAGGAUAGGGGAGAGUGGGUUUUGAGCUGCAGUGAUCGUGUUUAUUGCUUUAUAGAGUUGGGUAUUGUUGUCAAUGGAAGAGGAAUUAAGUGUGUAGUUGGAGUCAUGGAUGAUGAUAAAGAAAUUGAUACGUGGUUUUCCAUGCAAAACAGUAAGAGCCCCUCAGAAUUGGCCGAGUCUCGUCUCUUUGUUAUCUCUUGUUUCGCGGCUGCCUUUGUGGGAAUAGUCACUAUAUUCUACACGGCCUUCCAAUGGAGACGAAAUAUCAAUUUAAGUUGGAUGAAAGCCAUAGCCCGGUCGAAGAAAAAUCCCAAGGCAAGGCACAAGGUUCCUGUGGCGCCUCAUUCUUGGGAGCUGGAGUUUGGGUCGCGUGGCAAGAACCUAAAUUGCUGUGUGUGCUUGAAGUCUGCGUCGCCUUCUCAAACCCUUGGUUCUGCGGUCACUUCAGAUAUCUAUCGAUGCAGCAUUUGCGGUGCAGUAGCUCACAUUAAGUGUUCCUCAAGUGCUCAGAAGGAUUGCAAUUGUGUAUCUAUGUUUGGAAAUGAUAAGGUCGUGCAUCAGUGGACUGUUCGUUGGACAGAGAUCACUGAUCUGCCUGAUGAAACUUCUUUCUGUAGCUCCUGUGAAGAGCCGUGUAGUGGAUCAUUUCUUGGUGGUUCCCCUAUAUGGUGUUGCUUGUGGUGUCAACGAAUGGUUCAUGUAGAUUGCCAUACUAAUAUGUCUAACGAAACAGGCGAUAUUUGUGAUUUAGGCCCCCUCAGAAGGUUGAUCCUAUCACCGCUUUUUGUCAAGGAGUUGAACCGUAGUCCUGCAGGUGCAUUUUUGAGCUCUAUCACACAGGGAGCUAAUGAAAUUGCUUCAUCGGUGCGUGCUACUAUCCGGAGUCAAAGCAAGAAAUACAAACAGGGAUCUGAAACUUCUGCUGACAGUAGGAACAGCGGAAACGCUGAUACAUCCACAGAGAACACUGCAGAGUCAAAUCCAGCAGUGAAUGGUUCUUGCCAAUUGGAUGAGAAUUGCAAUGGAGAGUUCAGUAUGGGGGUUUCCCAUAAUGAUGCAGCUGGGGAUAACAAGACUGAAUCGAACGCUGGAUUGAAAAGAAGUGGAUCAAUCAAUCAGAAGGAUGAUUCUUUACGGAUGAAACAAAGAUAUGAAUUGGUUGAUUUGCCUCCAGAUGCAAGGCCGUUGUUGGUUUUUAUUAAUAAGAAAAGUGGAGCUCGUCGAGGGGACUCUCUCAAGCAACAGAUGAAUAUCCUUCUGAAUCCUGUUCAGGUAUUUGAGUUGAGUUCAGCACAAGGCCCAGAGGUGGGUCUUUAUUUAUUUAGAAAGGUGCCUCACUUUAGAGUUCUCGUAUGUGGAGGAGAUGGUACUGUGGGGUGGGUUCUGAAUGCCAUAGACAAGCAAAAUUUUGUUUCUCCUCCCCCUGUCGCUAUUCUUCCUGCUGGAACUGGAAAUGAUCUUGCCAGAGUUUUGUCCUGGGGUGGUGGGAUGGGUGCACUGGAGAAACAGGGAGGCCUAUUUGCUUAUUUACACCAGAUAGAGCAUGCUGCUGUGACCAUUCUUGACCGGUGGAAGGUUACAAUCGUGAACAAUCAGGGCAAACCGCUCCUGCAGCCAAAGUUUAUGAACAAUUAUCUUGGAAUUGGGUGUGAUGCGAAGGUUGCUCUGGACAUUCAUAAUCUACGAGAGGAGAAUCCAGAGUUGUUCUACAGUCAGUUCAUGAAUAAAGUGCUUUAUGCUCGAGAAGGUGCGAAAAGUAUAAUGGAUAGAACUUUUGCUGAUUUUCCUUGGCAAGUUCGUGUGGUAGUAGAUGGUCUGGAGAUAGAGGUCCCUGAGGAUGCUGAAGGUGUCCUUGUUGCAAACAUUGGUAGCUACAUGGGUGGUGUAGAUCUAUGGCAAAAUGAGGACGAGACCUACGAUAAUUUCGAUCCACAAUUAAUGCAUGAUAAGAUACUUGAAGUCGUAAGCAUAUCCGGGACAUGGCAUCUUGGGAAGCUUCAGGUGGGGCUUUCUCGUGCUCGAAGGCUUGCUCAAGGGCAGUCUAUUAAAAUACAGCUCUUUGCUGCGCUGCCUGUUCACAUCGAUGGGGAGCCCUGGUAUCAGCAACCGUGUACAUUUUCAAUAACGCACCAUGGCCAGGCAUUCAUGUUGAAGAAAGCAGUCGAGGAAUCUCUGGGUCAUGCUGCUGCGAUUAUAACCGAUGUGCUUGAGAAUGCUGAAACAAACCAUGUAAUCAAUGCAUUGCAAAAACGUGCUCUUCUCCAAGAAAUGGCACUCCGGCUAUCCUAAGAGACCUGCAUUUGACAGCAAUAAAAGAUGUUUAUGCAUUGCAAGUUUGCGCAGCUGCCUUGAAGAAUAUUUUCUCAGUCUGAGCCCAGUGCCUUCUGCAAAGAAAACUUGUAUAGAAUUGCAUUAAUUACCAGAAAAUUUUGCUUUUUGAUGAGAAAUGAGAGGUGCUACAUAUUUUGGUUCA